AUGAAGGCCAUUGAAAUUGGCCUUCCAGUGCAUAUCGCCACUCUCGAGACGGUUGCAGGCGAUCAGGUGCACUUCUGGGAUCCGGCCAAGGCGGCAAUCUAUCGUCAUGUUCGGGACAUGGGCGAUCUGUUGGUCACACCGGCCGCGACUGCCUCUCACUCAGGCUCUGGCAUGGAGGAAGCAUGGUCACUUGAGGCCGCCUGUCUCGUUGUUCCGGUAGCGGUACCAGGCGGCAGGCUGAUUGGCACACUGGGCGUGGACACUCUACAAGAAACCGAUAUGCCCGGACAAUUCGAGGAGCAUGAGAUACAGUUUCUGCAGGCACCGAUGGUUGGUCGGCUCAUGAUGAAGGGGCCCCGGGUAGGAGAAGAGUUGAGGCCCAUUCUGGAAAAGAACCGACUUUACGAAUACAUGGCACAGCACAAUUCUGCGAUAGCACCAACCUUUGCAUGA